AGUAAUGUCGAGAUGGUAGAUUGAUUCAUUUGCUUAUUAAUUGCCCCUCGUCUCUUUCUCCCUCCUUCUCAAUGCACAAACCAAGCAAAGCAAUGGCAACAUCAUCUUCACUACUUCCAUUCUUCUUCUUCUUUUUUAUUCUCUCCAUCUCUUCCCUCACUAUUCCCACUCUAUCUUCCUCAGCCGACUCUUUCGUCUUCGGUGGCUGCACUCAACAGAAGUAUGCUCCGGAUUCACCUUACGAGUCAAACCUCAACACCCUUCUCACCUCUCUUGUCAACUCAGCUGCUUAUUCCUCCUACAACAACUACACCAUCACCGGCUCCAGCCCAGAAGACGUCGUUUACGGCCUUUACCAGUGCCGCGGCGACCUCUCCAUCCCCGACUGCGCCACCUGUGUCUCCAGCGCGGUCAGCCACGUGGGUUCCCUCUGCUCCGCCACGUGCGGUGGCGCGGUGCAGCUGCAGGGGUGUUAUAUCAAGUAUGACAACGAGACGUUUUUGGGCGUGGAGGAUAAGACUCUGGUGCUGAAAAAAUGUGGGCCGUCGGCAGCGUCGGAGAUAAUGGGGCGGACAGAUGAGGUGAUGGCGGGGUUGACGAGUGGUGGCGGGUCGUUUAGGGUGGGCCAGUCGGGGGAGGUUCAGGGGUCGGCCCAGUGUGUGGGGGAUUUGAACGUCGGGGAAUGCCAAGACUGCCUGUCAGAGGCGAUCGGACAGCUGAAGAGUAUUUGUGGAACGGCGACAUAUGGAGACAUGUACUUGGGGAAGUGCUAUGCUCGGUACUACAUCGGCCAAGUAGAGUCAGGAGAUCACUAUUAUUCCCAGGACCAUAAUGGGGAUCAUAAGAAUAGCAGUGAAGGUGAGAAGACAUUUGCCGUAAUCAUCGGAUUGUUUGCCGGAGUUGCUCUAGUGAUCAUCUUUUUCGCCUUUUUAAGGAAAGUGUUUGAGGGAAAUGGGAAAUGAAAUAUUCCAACUUUUUCAAAACACAACGGUAUGGAUCUCGAACUGCCUUCUGAAAUUAUUUGCUUUUUCUUCCCCACCUUUUCUCUUCAUGAUAUUGACUUUCUCCUCUCCUUACCCUUUUCUCUGUAAUGGGUAUUCUAUGCCGUUAUAUUACUCUCCAAAUUAAGGAGAGAUAAAAAGUGGUGGUAGUUAGUGGUUUGGUAUUUGGUGGAGCAUGUACCCAAUUCACAGAAUUUAAAAGAGGGGAGAAUGAGGACUUAAGAUUGUACCCUCCUCCGCCUUCAAACAGUGUUGUGUUGUCCAAUGUGAGAAAUGGCUUGUAUUCUUUUUGUAAAGGUGCAAAUGAUGUUUCCGAUGUAAUGUUGCAAUUUGUUUUUUGA